AUGUGGGGCACCAUGUGGGGCACCAUGUGGGGCACCAUGUGGGGCACCAUGUGGGGCAGAGGUUCAGCUCCCACACAGGAGCAGAGGCGUCAAACAGCAGAAAACUUGGCAGGUGCCCUGUCGGUUUGUGACAACAUGAACAAAUUGAAGGUGGUAAACUCGCCGCGAAAUGGACUGGGAGGCUUGGAAGUCGAACGCGACAAGAAAAUGGAAACUUUGGCCAAAGCCCAAUUGGCCGCAGAAGAGGAAGGGCGCCGACAGCGUGAAGGAGAAGAGAAGAGUGCCGAACGUUUGGCUGAACUGAGUCGCGCGCGCAAGGAGGUAGUAGAAGCCAACGCAGCAGUCGAGGCAGAGCGACCACAGGUGAACGAGGCUGAGGAGCAGGUGCGAUCGCUGGAGCAACAACGCCAGGUCUGUAACGCCGAGCGUGAGCAACUCUUGGCGCGGCAAGGUCGCCGACAGCAGUUCCGCACCUUGGAGGAGCGCAACCGAGCUCUGGACGAGGAGCUUCGUGUUCGGGAAGAGAAGCUGGCAGAUGCGAGGCGCAAGAUGGAGAUCAGCGUGCAACGCGAGAAGAAGAGCGAGACUGCUGGACUUGAAGCCAACAAGGUGGCUCUGAAGGGUCGUACAGAUCUUGCGAGCCGAGAGACGCAAUUGGGGGGCCUUGGCAAAGCAUUGCGAAGUUUGGGAGAACGUCUAGAUGGAGGAGCUGAGAAGCUCCGACUUUUGCAUCAGGAUCGGCACAAGGCGCAGCGCGAGGUUGAACAGCUUCGGCAAGAGGCACGACAUUGCCAGCAUCGACUAGAGGGUACAAUGCCGCGAUCCAAUUGCCAGGCGGUCACUGCCAUCAUGAGGUGGGCACAGGAAAAAGGACUUCAAGAUCGGAUCCGGGGCACGUUUCUGUCGCACAUUGAGGUCGCAUCUACUUUCCGAGCAGCUGUGGAGAGUUUUGCCGGAUCGUCGCUAUUUAAUGUGUUGGCUAUGGACGAUGAAGCCGCUGCCGAAGCCGUGAAGUAUGUGAGGACGCGUCGUUUGGGUGCAGUGGUGGUUACGCCCAUCAGUCAGCUCCCGUUGAAGGACUACAGUUUCCCUCAGAUGGAGGGGGUGAAACCAUUGGUUGAUGUGGUCAAGUGUCCAGAUUGGGUGCGCCCUGCCGUGCAGCAAGUCUUUGGAAAGGCAGUGGUUUGCCGGAGUAUGGAGCUUUGUGAGGAGGUGGCAAAACGCCAUGGCAUUGACGCCAUCACAUUGGACGGAGAUCGCGUCAGUCGUAAGGGAGUCAUCACUGGCGGUUUUCAAGACCCGCAGCGCUUUGUUCGAAUUUCUUUAGCAGAGGCGCGCUACUCGUAG